AUGUCCACCCCACAGGCAUUUGGCCAGGCCUACUCCAUCCAGCGUAAGGUGGCAGAAGAUGGGGAGACCAACGAGGAAACGCUGCUGCAGGAGUCUGCUUCCAAAGAGGCCUACUACAUGGGCCGCCUACUGGAGCUCCAGUCAGCACUGAAGCACAGCCGGGCCACCGCCUCCAGUGCUCAGGCUGACAGUGAACAUUUGAGCACACUACUGCAGGAGCUGAGGGAGCAGAGUAACGAGAUGUUGGAGCUGCAGCGAAGCCGGAUGCGAGAGGAGGUCAGAGAGUACAAGUUUCGAGAGACGCGGCUGCUCCAGGACUACACCGAGCUGGAGGAGGAGAACAUCUCACUUCAGAAACUGGUGUCGACUCUCAAACAGAAUCAGGUGGAGUAUGAAGGCCUGAAGCAUGAAAUUAAGGUCCUGGAGGAGGAGACAGAGCUCCUCAACAGCCAGUUACAGGACGCGCUGCGUUUGAAGGACAUCUCAGACACCCAGCUGGAGGAGGCGCUUGAGUCGCUGAAGAGCGAGCGUGAACAGAAGAACCACCUGCGCAGGGAGCUGGUCCACCACCUCAGCAUGUGUGAUGUGGCCUACACAGGCAGUGCCCACCUGACAUUCACCUCCGCCCCACCUAGCGGCACCGCCACCCCCACAACUCUGCUUUCUCCACAGACAGAUGAGCCAAUGAGGUGUAACGGCCACCUCCAGGGUGGGACAGGAGCAGGGACAGCUGCAGGGUCGGUGCCCAGAGCUAACGGAGAGUGCCGAGGGCCGGGCCGGAAAGCUGAAGGGGCAGCGACAGCCGACCUUUUCAACGAGAUGAACAUGACAGAAAUCCAGAAGCUCAAGCAGCAACUGAUGACGGUUGAACGUGAGAAGGUCUCACUAAUGACCAGUCUGCAGGAGUCUCAGACGCAGCUCCAGCACACCCAAGGGGCCUUGAAUGAGCAGCAUGAAAAAGUCCUCCGCCUUAGCCGGAGAGUCACCACCCUCCGCCGCCUGCAUCGAAGGGCCCGCCUCAACCAGGAAGUCAAUGUCAGUGCCACUUCUCAGCUCAAUGCUGAGGCUGUGAUGGAGCUGGACAAGGAUGACGAUGAGGCUGAAGAUGAAGGAGAUACUGAUGAGGAUAAAAGUGAGACAAUGAACAAAAGUCAGGUAUUUUCAUACCAGACGCCAGGUCUGGAGAUCCUGCAAUGUAAGUACCGUGUGGCUGUGACAGAGGUGGUGGAGCUCAAAGCGGAGGUGAAAGUCCUCCGUGACAGACUGGCUCAGUGUGUAGAGGGAGCAGCGGAGGAGAGGCCAAGGCGAGGUGGUCAGCUCCAGAAACUGGAGAGACAGGUGGCCUCACUGGAGAAGAGCUGCCGGGAGGGACGGGAGAAGAUUUCCAGCCUGGAGUUGGAGUUGCAGGCUGCUCAGUUAGCAGCCAAUGAGAGCCAGGGUGCGUUGACCGCAGCUCAGGAUGAGUUGGUGACGCUGAGCGAGGAGCUUGCCCAGCUCUACCACCACGUCUGCCUGUGCAACAAUGAGACACCCAACCGUGUCAUGCUGGACUACUACAGACAAGGCAGAGGGCUUCGAGGCCUCAGUGCCAGUCUUAAAGCCAUGUCUGCGGACAACAGCAAAGUUCUCCUUACACCACGCCUCGCCAGGCGGCUGGCCGCUGUCGCUUCGACAACCUUAACUCCUUCGGAGUCACGGAGCCCCUCACAGUCUCCAUCCAAGGAGCCCCUAUCUGGGGAGGAGAGAAGAGAGGAGAAGGAGGGGGACAAGGAGGGCCUCCAAGUGCCCUCUGAGCAGAGCCUGCCGCCCUGCACGCCUCCGACCCGCUCACCCAGCAUCAGUGCCUCUUCAUCAUCGUCAUCAUCAUCAUCGCCUGCCCUGGAGCCAGCUGGUGAGCUGCGCAGGGAGCCCAUGAAUAUCUACAACCUCAACGCUAUCAUCAGAGACCAGGUGAAGCACCUCCAGCGGGCAGUAGACAGGUCUCUGCAGCUGUCUAGACAGAGAGCUGCAGCCAGGGAACUGGCCCCUCUGCUGGACAAGGACAAAGAAGGCUGCAUGGAGGAGAUCCUGAAGCUCAAGUCUCUGCUCAGCACCAAGAGAGAGCAGAUAGCCACCCUCAGACUGGUGCUCAAGGCUAAUAAACAGACGGCAGAGGGGGCUCUGGCUAACCUGAAGAGUAAGUAUGAGGCGGAAAAGGCCAUGGUCACUGACACCAUGAUGAAGCUGAGGAACGAGCUGAAGGCCCUGAAGGAAGAUGCAGCCACUUUCUCCUCUGUGCGGGCCAUGUUUGCCACCAGGUGUGACGAGUAUGUGACCCAGCUGGAUGAGAUGCAGAGGCAGCUGGCUGCGGCCGAAGAUGAGAAGAAGACUCUGAACUCCCUCCUGCGUAUGGCCAUCCAGCAGAAGCUGGCCCUCACCCAGCGCCUGGAAGAUUUGGCCUUCGAUCAAGAGCAGACCCACCGUACCCGCGGGGGCAGGCUAAACCGCGCGAAGACCAGCACCCCCAAAGUAAGUCAGCCGGCCUCAGCUUCGGCCUCCAACCUAGCCCAAGGCUCCACUUCAGCUUUGGCCCCUGUCAGCCUCCCUCUUUCUGGCCUUCCUAGUCUUUCGUCAGUUCUUUCUGAUGAUCCCACUGUGCCCCUUAGCCCAUCUUUGGUUAGUGCAGCUGCUGCAGCUCUGGCUUCAGCUCUCACCUCCCCUACGUCACACAUACCCCCUCGCAGUCCGUCAUCACCAGCCUCACUGGCUUGCCCUCCGGCGCCAGAAAGCCCCCCAUGUCUGGAGGCCCCCUCCUCUCCCAUGGUGCGGACCCCACCCACAACCCCUGUGACCCAGUGGACCUUGGGGGUGCGGACGUUUGUGGUUGACUCCCACAGUUUCAGUGUCAACAUCUCCCCCGCUCUUCCCCGUAGCUCGGGCCUCUCCAGGCACUGCACCCCCGACACUCAUACCUCUCCCCCAUCCACCACAACCACCACCACCACCAGGCCCACCCAACCAGGAUCUGCCCCCUCCUCUCCCUACCGCUCUCCUAUUUUGGGGCUCAGACGCUCCACAUGGAGCCCCUCACCCCGAACUCGGCCCUUGUCUAGCUUGUCACGCUCCUCUGUCCUCUACACUCCUUCCUCAUCCUCCCCUUACUCUUCUUCCCACUCCCCUUCUCUCUCCCACAACUAUUCCUCUGCCUACUACAGUUCCUCUCCUGCUUUUACCCCAUCUAGCUCCUACCUGACCUCUGGUACCUCCGCCUCCUACAGCCACUCCUCCAACUACUCGCCCCUUUACCCUAGAUACUACAGUUCUUACCGGCCCCGGCACUGACCCCUUGCUAUGAAUCCUUUACUCAAAGCCUUUUGAA